GUAAUGCGAUACUGGAGGGGAUACGAGCAAUUUCAUUUGUCAGCGAGCAAAUUUGUCAAAAUUUGCAUUUUUUGUCAAGUUCCUGCAUAACAACUUACAGGGUAUUGAGGCCUCACACUCUAAAGUAAACAUACAAUAAUGUGGAUUUUCUGAAAAGCUCCAAGGCCUGUCCAGUCGCGUUGUUUUGUUUGCGAAAAUUCCACAUCGUCAAUUUGUAGGUUAAGUUUUUCGGGACAGUUUUUUUUCCGGUGUUUUAACGCGUUUUUACCCAUGAAGAUGAAAUUCGAAGUGAACAAGCAGUUGGUGCCUAUGAAAGCCCAUUAUUUUUUAUUUAAUGCAGGAACGGGCCCAAUAGUGCCAUUCCUUUCCGUAUAUGCCAGACAGCUGGGUUUUUCCAGCGUGGUGGUCGGGCUAAUUUACACAAUUCUACCAGUGUCUGGCAUGAUAGCAAAGCCGACAUUUGGAGCCAUUUCCGACCGAUUCCAUUGCCAGAAAAAGAUUUUUCUCAUCGCUCAGCUUUUAACGGCAGUCGCCUUUUUGGCCAUCUACUUCUCCCCGAAAAUUACCAUGGAAAACCAUGUGGAGUUUAAUUGUAACAGCAGCACGGCAGCCGUUUUUCUCAACACUGAAGGCGUUAACUCUGAACAAUUAACGCUGAUCCAGGACAAGAACAGCACCUUUAAUUGCGAGCUCACUUGUCCACUCACCGCUGAAGAUCUGGAGGUUUUGUGCACUGAUUGGAAAUUGUCCAGAUUUUGUGGGGACGCCACCUUUGAGCUCCAGAAUGGAGUCACUUUUUCCACCCUAGUGGUUCUAAUCAACGAAGUUCUGGGCAAAAGCGCAGCCGGAAGGUAUGCACGAGACGCUUCUUCCUCGGAUUAUAUGGCCUUUCAAAUUAUCAAUGUGACUCAAGAUGAGAGCAUUUCAAACCCUUCCUGCCCUACUGCAAACAUUAACAGUACCUGCAAUGUGACAUGCGAGGAUAAUGAUGUUAAUGCAUUGUUUGUUACUAACGAGAUCGCUGAUGAUAUAGCGUAUGGAAGCUACCAAUUUUGGGUGUUUUUGGCGUUAAUGAUAACCGCAUGGGUGGGACAAGCCGUUACAGUGAGCAUUGGAGAUGCGAUUUGCUUUGCCAUGUUAGGCGACAAACCGAACAGAUAUGGCUACCAGAGGAUGUUCGGCGCCUUGGGAUGGGGUCUGCUUUCUUUAAUAGCUGGCGUGCUUGUUGAUGUGAUGAGUGAGGAUAAAAAUCAACCCAACUAUUCUAUUUGCUUUUAUCUGGCAGCCGUUAUUCUGGUUCUGGAUUUCAUUGUGUCCAGCAGAUUGCAGUACACCCAAACGAAGCUGUCGACAAACAUCUUCAGAGACAUCGGCAAGCUGCUGUUGAACGUCCGAAUUUUGGUGUUUUUGCUCUGGUGCAUCUGUGUGGGAAUGUGCACAGGUUUAAUGUGGAACUUCCUCUUGUGGCUCGUUCAAGACUUGGGGCAAGCGCGAGGAGAGACGAGAAUCCAAACCCUACAGGGCAUCAUUAUGGGAGUGCAGUGCUUGGGGGGCGAGCUUCCAUUUUUCUUCCUCUCCGGCAAAAUUUUGAAGAAAAUGGGGCAUAUCAGCGCCAUGUCGCUGGUGCUGUUUGCCUUGGGGGUUCGAUUCGUAUUAUAUUCUGUGAUCGAGAACCCCUGGUACUUCAUACCCAUUGAGUUCAGCAAUGGGCUGACUUUCGGACUGUUUUACGCCUGUAUGGCUUCGUAUGCUAGUAUUAUAGCGCCUCUAGGAACGGAAGCUACCAUGCAGGGUUUAGUUGGAGCAGUUUUUGAGGGUGUUGGAGUGUCGCUGGGCAGUUUAUUGGCUGGAAUAACUCUUUCGAAAGUUUCCGGCUCGCUGGCUUUCCGCUACUUUGGAUUUGGCGCCUUAGGGGCCUGUUUUGUCCACAUAAGCGCCCAAUAUCUACUGAGAAGGAAAGAUUCCUUACCGGUGGUGGUUCGAAAACCUUCAUUGGAAAAAGUGCGGCUUGAUGACCAGCAAGAACUGACCUCAUUCGACCCGCUGAUACCCAGAUAGCGACGUUGUGUCAAGUAGGUUCUAGUCAAUUUUUCUAGAAUAGUCGUCACUCGUAGAACUCGAAUUUUAUAACGAAAAAUCCAUUUCAAAACGUACAUAAAGUUUCUGUUUGGCAAAGAAUCAGAGCUCGUUGUCGAUUGUGUUGUUUUGUAGCUUAUUUAUUUUUUUCCAAUUUAUAUCAUUAUCUAAAUUGGUUGUUGAUAAAAAGAUUACUUUCAAUGGGGUUAUAAGAUAAUUGAGUGUGUAAGCAAGUACUUAGAUUACAACAAAAGAAAGCAUCGAGUUUUAUCUUUGCUUACUUAGGGUUCAUUUUUAUUGCACUAAAUAGUACUUUUUCUUUGCUUUUAUUGUAGCAAUGUCUAUUGUGAUUAGGAUUAGGAAUUAUUAAAAGACAAGCGUGUAGUGUAGUUUAUUAAGCCGAGACUGAGAAGUACUUAUAUUGACGAGACUGGUUCUUCGUUAACUUGAGGCUGAUUACCUCGAUUUCUCUCUGGAAUUAAUUAUUUAUUUAUUUCUUAAAAUGUUUCCUAUAAAGGUCGUCGUUUUGCCAGUUUCACUAGUUGAAUACAAAACAUCGAUCUUUACUCGCAGUAGCUUCCUUAGGCUGAAACAGGGUCCUUAGAUUAGGUGAACAUACAUUAAGCCUAAUUAGGCAGCGAUUGCCUGAAAAGUGAUAUUUGUUGAAUUUUAGUUAUCUAAAUUAUCGAUUUAUUUAUUUGAAACAGACAUAUUUUAGACAUUUUUGCAGCAAAAUAUGAAGAUACGUACAGAAA